AACAACUAGUCUACGCCGUAUAUCCUCAUCUGCAUACAUUAAUGUAUUCUCUUACCUUGAUAGCUGGUACCGAAGCUCCACUCUACCAUUAAACAGCCUGCCAUGAAUCGCCAUAUGCUGGAAAAGGUGAAUCGGCAUACGACGAAGUUGUUUCAAGUCACGGAGAAUCGUCCCCAGCUUGAGCUUCUGGUCAUCGAUAAAGUCAACCAAGGUUUAGGCAAAUGGACCCUCGAAUCUAGGCCGCGGGUGAUAAUCAACAGUGAAACUGAGCUUGAGAAGCUGGCCAGGGCCGAAACUUCCAGCGAGGGGACGUAUAUCUACACCAUUCGGCGUGAACGCUCUUGGAUGCCGCUGGAUAUCUCCCGCUCCCUCUUUGACCUGCUGUUGAAGCUUCACAAUGUGUUUCCAGAGAUAUGGAAGGUCAUCCUUACGUUUGGCUGGAAGCGGUUCGAGAACGAAUAUAGCUUUCCGACACUUCAAGUGUGCGAGUCGAGAUCAGAGUCAGCUGAUACUCAGGUGACUUACGUUCUACGACGAGCGGAGGUGAACGGCAGAGGUCCAUUAGAGUGUCCCUGGUCCUUUCGUCAAACAGGGGUUUACCAGAAGUUCGUAUUUGGGCGUGGGAAGGCAAAAGGCCCUGCGUCAAUGCUCUUGCUCCUGACUCCAUCGCGUGAAGCUGAGAAUGAGUUCUUGCAAAGCCUCGCCGGGAAGACGUCCGACAAUGCCGAUAUUGGGACAUUGGCCUUCUCGGCCCAUGAGUGUCUAGUGGCUGAGAGCCUUGCUGGUUGGGUAGACUAUAUGUGCUGGCUGGAAGAGCAGCUGAAGAUGAAGUCGGCCCGCAUUAUGGCGAUACCGUUAAAUGUCACACAAGAAAGCAGGCCUCUUAAUUUCAACGCGGAAGAUAGACAGAGCCUGAAGCGAAUCGAGUUCCAGAUCACCGACAUGCUUGUAAUUCUUCAUACCAAGGUCGGAACAAUACGCCAAAUAAAGAGAUUAAGUGUUCUUGCAGGAGAGUGGCAGAUAGGUUGGAAGAUCUCGCGCUGGAGGCUCAAAACUACCAAGAACGGGCCAAAGCUCUACAGAGCCGAGUACAGUCUGUCCAAAAUCUUGUGGCUGACUAGUCUGUAUCAGAUGCGCACUGUUCAGGACGCCACAGCGGUAAAGCUCCUGAUUCUGAUUGGGCUGAUUUUCCUGCCUACUACUAUGGUAGAGAGGGUGGGGACCUCCAGAUCUCCAACUCCCUUCUGCCGGUCUCACCAAGCAGCGACUGAGGAGGCUGCUCAGAAGGCGCAGUCCCAAAGCAGAGGAGGCUACUGCGAUCGCCUGCAACACCGCGGCUUUUGCGACGAACUGUCGAUGACUAUGACUGCGACAUAUUUGGCGGCGGGACUUGUUGGGGCAGAGCACAAGGGUGGCUUAGGAGAAGGGUCUUUUUUCUUAUUCUCGUUGACUUAUUCUUACUUCUCCCAUCUCUCCCCUAAUACAGUACGUAAGGCUCUCAUUACUCUUGGCUCUUAA